AUGGAAAAUGGUUCCAAGGAUUCAAACGACACAAUCCUCUAUGUGAAUACUCUGUUUGCUUCUGUCUAUGGGUUGACAGUGGUGGUUGGAUUACCUCUGAACAGCAUUUCGCUCUGGGUGUUCAGCAUAAAAUUGAAACUACAAACGGCUCCAGUUAUUUAUUUGACUAAUCUGGCUGUUUCAGAUCUGCUCUUCAUUCUCGCAUUGCCUUUCAGAGUAUAUUACUUUGCAACUACUCGGUGGCCUUUUGGAAAUCUGGUUUGCACCAUGUCUGAAACAAUAUUUUCUGUGAAUAUUUAUACAAGUACUUUACUUAUUACAUUAAUAAGUAUUGAUCGUUAUCUGGCUGUAGUCCAUCCAUUGAAGUCAAACUUUCUUAGAAGUCCUAAAGCAGCCAAUAUCGCCUGUGCUAUUGCCUGGUUCAUUAUCAUCUCGAUGAGUUUUCCGAUUGCUUUUCAAUAUCAUCAGAAAGAUACAAAAAAUGGCACAAAAUGUUAUGAAGGAUUUUCAACCGAAAGUUGGCAAUCUGCUCUUAAACUUAUAUUACUGAUAACAACACUUGGAUUUGCAGUGCCUUUUGUAAUAAUUAUCGGUUGCUUUUUUGCUGUUGUCAGAGUUAUGCUCCAAAUCAGAAAAGAAUCUCAAGCGUUUAAAAGAUACAAAAUCAUACCGUUGUUUCUAUUGAACAUUGGAGUCUUUAUCAUGUGCUUUUUACCUUUCAAUGUUGCUUUGGUAUCGUAUGGACUGCAUAAAGUAGGUUAUUUCUCGAUGGAAGGCAGUUACCUAGUUCAUGCUGUCACCAUGUGCUUGGCCAGUAUCAGCAGCUGUACAGAUCCCAUUGUUUACUAUUUUACUAGCAAAGCUUUCAGAAAUGUUGCAAUGAAAGAUGCAAAGGACACUUCGCAGUGCAAUACAUUUAAUAAAAAGAGGACAUCAGACUAA